CACUGAUAGGGAGGAUAUGUUGCUUUCUCUGCGAAUGUUGGCCUUGCAAAAGGUGGCUUCUGAAUUUGGGUAUAACAGGAUUGUUCUAGGCUUGUGCAUUUCAAGGAUUGCUGCUCAUGUCGUUUCAGCCACUAUGAAGGAAGAGAACCCAUCUCGAGAAAGCACAAUUGUAAGAAUAGCUGGGAAACUUAUCCCCUUUCAAUUUAACGGAAUUCCCGAGAUCAUUGAUGGUAAUGUUCCAAUGGGAACUCGAAGACGGCAAAAGAGAUACAAUCUCAAAUCCAACGAAUCUGUUUCCUCAGAAUCUUUCUGUCCUCUCUGCAAUAGCCCACUUGACAAAAGUGAGAUUGUUGAUUGGAGCAAUCACAAAAACUGCAUAAGUAAUGACACUUUUUUUACUUCUUGCUGUUCAAGUUGUCAAUUUCAGAUACUUCCACCAGAUUCCACUUCAAUGGAGAAAUUUUAUAUAGAUUUACUACCGCAUUCAGAGGUUGCCCAGUCAAACCAGAUCAACAAUUGUAAAAUAAAUGCACAGAGUUAUGUGUUUCCGUCAUGGUCAAGUAAAUACAUUUCAAAUUUGAAUAAUCUAUUUUGGCUCUGCUAAUAUUUAUGAAUUUAAAUGGAACAUUUUGAUAGACCUAAGUCCAUGAUCAUUAUUGGUUGUAAACUCCAUUUGAUCAUAAACUAAAUUUCAUUCUAUUUUUUUUCCCUUUUCUAAAAUGAAAACCAAACAUACAAAUGUGACACGAAAUGUUAUGAUCAACCCGAAAUAUGAGAAAUCAACUGUAAACCAAAAGGUGUAGGAGGAAGUAGAUAUAGUUUUAAUAGAAAAUUUGGGCAUCUCUUUUUAUAUAUAAGACAGAAUAGUUUGAAUAGAAGGAUGGUUCAUGAUACUGUAAUUGACACAAAUACUGUAAUAUAAUUUUAAAAAAUAUUUAAAGUCAUCAUUUUACAUGAUAUAGAUACAAACACUUAAAAGGAAUCAGAAUUCGGGAUCCUUCAAUCCAAAUUAAAGUAGUACUUGAAACUUUUCAUAACAUUACAUAUAUACGUCAGUGUCAUCUUAACUUACCUCAAAGGUUAGGGAAAAAUAAGAUGAGUAUUAUUUUCCCUAAAAAUUAAUUAGGGUACCAAAAUAAAAUAAAAAAUUAAGUUAAGGGAUUAAAAGAGUAAUUUAACCUAAUAAGAAAGUCCUAAAAAGGUCUAGAGCUCCUUCUCUCAAUGUCUAUUACCAAAUGUUGUUAAUGGUAAUGACAAGGGCAGGAGAAUCUCUGCAUGAUCACCAAGAAUAUAAAUAUUUUAUUUUUCCAUGAUUACAUAAAUGAUAAAAUGAUUCUCCAAUUCAUCAUUUUGUGUUUGUCAGAUGCAAAAUUUAGAAAACUCAUCAUUUUAAUAGUCAAUUUUAACAAAAAUACUAAAUAAUGUAUUAUUGUGUUGCUUUCCCUUGAAAUGAAUAAAAUACCUGAAGUCACUGUCUACAUUGCGGCAAUCUUUGUCAGUUGACUUCGGCAUAUGGAAGUAUAAAUCUAAACUUAAGGCAUAAGUACUUCCAUAAACUCCACUUCUGCUUUUUCUUGAUUAACUUUGUUGUCAUCAUGGCUGAAUCAUUUCUGUUUGAUAUUGCUGAUUCACUGCUUAGAAAGCUUGCUUCUUAUAUUUGUCAAGAAGCUUCUCAAGCCUAUGGUGUUUAUGAAGAUCUCCAGGGGAUCAAAGAUACUCUAUCAAUUGUCAGAGGUCUUCUAUUGGAUGCAGAGGAGAAGAAGGACCAUCAACAUGCCUUGCGCGAAUGGCUGAGACAGAUUCAUAACAUUUGUUCUGAUGCUGAAGAUGUAUUGGAUGGAGUUGAGUUGCAACACAAGAGAAAGCAAGUUGUGGAAGCUUCGGGAAGCUCAAGGAUGAAGGUACGCCACUUCUUAUCCUCUUCGAAUCCACUUGCUUUCCGUUUAAUCAUGGCACGUCAAAUCAAGAAGAUUAGGGAUAGAUUGGAUAAGGUAGCUGUUGAUGGAACCAGGUUUGGUCUUGCUGCAAUAAGUAUUGAUCCUGGAAUUGUUGUUCAAAGGAGAAAAAUCACUCAUUCCUAUAUUGAUGCUUUAGAUGUGAUUGGAAGGGAGAACGAUAGGGAAGAAAUUGUUAAGCUUUUAAUGCAACCUCACCCUCAGGGUGAUGGUCAUGGUGAUCACAGUUUGUGUGUUAUUCCCAUAGUAGGAAUUGGAGGAUUGGGGAAGACAACACUUGCUAAGUUGGUAUUCAACGAUGAGAGAAUGGAUGAACUUUUUCAAUUGAAGAUAUGGGUGUGUGUCUCUAAUGAUUUUGACAUCAGGCAGCUAAUAAUAAAAAUCAUCAACUCUGCUUAUGCUUCAGCUUCAGUUCCUACGGCCGCGGCUAUUGCUCACCAAGAAAACAUUUACAACUUUGAUAUUGAGCAACUACAGAGUCGUCUUCGAUAUAAGCUUUCUGGUCAAAAGUUUUUGCUUGUACUUGAUGAUAUAUGGAAUGAAGAUCGUGCAAAUUGGAUUAAAUUAAAAGAAUUAAUAAAAGGUGGUGCACUAGGAAGCAAAAUCAUAGUAACAACACGUAGUAAAUCAAUUGCUUCAAUGAUGGGUACGUUUCCCUCGUAUAUUUUAGAAGGUCUGUCUCAUGAGAGUUGUUUAUCUCUGUUUGUCAAAUGGGCAUUUAAGGAAGGUGAAGAAGAGAAAUAUCCAAACCUAAUGGAGAUCGGAAAACAAAUUGUAAGAAAAUGUCGAGGGGUUCCACUAGCAGUGAGAACAUUAGGAAGUUCUUUGUUCUCGAAAUUUGAUUUAAAUAAGUGGAAAUUUGUUAGAGACUCUGAGAUAUGGAAUUUAAAACAAAAUGAAGAUGACAUUUUACCCGCGCUUAAGUUAAGUUAUGACCAAUUGCCAUCUCAUUUGAGGCAUUGUUUCACAUACUUUUCACUUUAUCCAAAAGACUUUGGCUUCACAAGUGUUCAAAUCACUAAACUCUGGAUGGCACUGGGAUUACUACAAUCACAAGAUGGAAAUCAAAGGCUGGAAAAUAUUGCAAGUGGUUAUAUAGAUGAGUUGCAUUCAAGGUCAUUUCUUCAAGAUUUUGAGGACUUUGGCCACUUUUACUAUUUCAAAGUACACGAUUUGGUGCAUGAUCUUGCUAUGUAUGUGGCAAAAGAUGAGUGUGUAGUAGUUGACUCCCGUACUCAGAAUAUAUCUCAGCAAGUAAGGCAUUUCUCAAUUGUUGAAAAUGGUCCACUUAGUGCUUUAUUCCCCAAAUCCAAAUGUGUGAGAACUAUACUAUUUCCCAUCAAAGGAUGUGGCCUUGGCAGUCAAUCUUUGUUGAAUGCAUGGAUAUUAAGAUACAAAUAUUUACGGAUUUUAGAUUUGAGUGAUUCUUCGUUUGAGACUCUACCCAAUUCAAUUUCUAAAUUGGAGCACUUGCGUGUUCUCAAUCUUUCUGAUAACUGCAGUAUCAAAAUACUUCCCCUUUCUAUUUGCAAACUCCAAUGUUUGCAAGUUUUGUCACUCAGUGGUUGCAUGAAUCUUGAAACAUUGCCAAAAGAGUUAGGUAAACUAAUCAGCCUUCGGCAACUGUAUAUAACCACAAAGCAAUCUGUCAUGUCACUAGACGAAUUUGUAAGCUUGAGCAAUCUUCAAACUCUAAGCUUUGAAUAUUGUGACAAUUUGAAGGUUUUGCUCGGAGAGGUAGAACUCGCUUCCCUUGAAGCAUUGAUUGUUCGUUGUUGUGGAAGCCUUGUAUCCUUACCUCUCCGUAGUCUCUCUAAACUAGAGGCUUUGCUAGUCAUAGAUUGUAUGAAGCUUGAUCUCAGUCUGACAGAGAAUCUUCAAAACACAACAAAAAGAUGGAGGAUGAGUUUUCUUCAUCUUGAGAAUUUUCCAAGGCUACAGACAUUGCCUGACUGGAUUGAAGGAGCUGCAGGGACAUUACAGACCUUGAUAAUUAUUAAUAUUCCUACGCUUUGGAAACUUCCCGACAGUUUGAUAAUAAUGGCUCGCCUUAAAAUGCUUCAUAUUGCCGGCUGUCCUCGUUUGCAUCGGCUUCCAAGGGGCAUGCGACUCCUCACUUCCCUUGAGGCUUUGACCAUAGAUGGUUGUCCUGAAUUAUGUCAAAAAUAUCAACCGUGUUCUGGUCAAUACUGGCCCGUGAUUUCUCACAUUAAACGUGUUUUCAUUGGAUAACUAGAAGAAGAAGAAGAAGAAGAAGAAGAAGAAGAAGAAGAAGAAGAAGAGAUGAGCAACGAUGAUCUACUACCGUACCUUAGUUACAAGGUUGAGAAAGAAGAAUGACGAGUCUCAAGUGAAGCGUAGAUGAAGCAUAUGCAAAAGCUGAGUGUUUGACAUUACUCCCAUGACUUAAACUAUUAUUCAGUGUUUAUUUUCAUCUCUAUAUUUAUUGUAUUUGAAGCAUAUAUAUAAGAAAACUCAGCAUUUAUCAUUGUUGAAUUGAAGGUAAUUUAAGUGGCUAUAGCUUUUGUUAGAACUCUUUCCUGCUGAAGGAAUGGAGACUGUAAUGGUGGUGAAUCUCUCUUAACUUUGAGCCUUAGGGAGCUUUUUCUGUUUGCAUCAGGCAAACAUUUGCAAACUGUAUCAAUCUUUAUAUGGAUGCAUGAAGCUUGAAAAUAGUCUAAAUAUGAAUUUACUUUGAAGUGUUAUUUUAGAAUGUUUGAGAUAUGGGGUGUCAUAAUGGAAUAAAGGCUCGAGAGAUAUGCAUUGAAUACACACAGAACAUGAGUAGGCAUGGCAACUAGUUGGGUGGAGGAUGGUUUUUUAUCUUCUCAAACUCAAAUUGGAAUUUUCAAUCAAUUUUUGUGUCCGCCACGAUAUUCAAUAGAGAUGAAAAAUUAAUAUUCAAAUCAACUUCAAUUGGAUUAGGAUUUGGAUAUCUCU